AUGCAUCGUAAAAUUAAAUCAAAUGGCGUGUUUUCGUUGCCUUUAUUACGUCAGCCUGAUGUCAUCGUGUCUCACAACGAUCCUUGUCUACGGGCCUCGAAUUUGACGCGCAACGCGGCUUCUGCUUCUCGUGAUCGUGAAAAGAACGACGCCGUCUCUUCUGGAAAGGUAGAUUCUGUUAAUCCAUCCAUCUGCGACCAGAGUCUUGUGUUGCAAGGUCGAGUGCUGUGCCAAGUGUAUAACUGGGCGGGAGGGGGCACGCUACACUCAUGCUGUUUACCUUCUCCCGGCAGAUUCGAUGAGCACGCUCGGGUCGGGUCUUUUCUUCUGUGCUCUGUCCGUCUCAUACAGUCUCCCGCCCUCCCGCAAACGAAGCAGGACGACUUCGAUGCGCUCGCUCUCAGGAUAUCCUUUGAAAGGAUGUCGAUGAGCGGUACUGCCUUUCAGUGCGAGUUUUCUUCUGUGGAGACUUUGCCGGGGUGGGUGUUCACGAUAUCAAGCCCACGGUGUAUACUCUGGUACAAUAUACGAACGGUUGGAUGCGGAGCGCUUCUAUCGUUUUGUGCUCUUCUGGCCCGUGCUGCGUUUAUCGUUUUUCCAGAUGCAUCUGUGUUUCAGUGUACGGACAACCUCAGGCCUCUUCGAAGAUUGUAUCAAUGGAGCUUUAUUCCCCCGGUUCGUGAUGGAGAUGGUCGUAUUCACUUCCGCCUUUGGCCAACGCUCACUCCUGGUUUAAUCCACAAAAAAUUACACAUGCGAACUCGUCGCACGGUAUGA